CAAAACGCCCUGGUCCUAAACAUGACAUCGACAUUGAAAUUGCCGAGGCCUUCGUGUGUUAUCCCUUGAUCGGUAGAAAUCUAUCCGCGUUUUCGUCACAUAUAAAAGGACCGCCCUGCACGUUAGUUGCUUUCUAGCUCGGACGUUCAUCCUACCAUGCGAUUCACUAGCUGCCUCUCUCUCCUUGCGCUCGUGUCUGUCGUCGUAGCGGGUGGCUCCUACCCGUCCUCAACACCCGGCCAUGGGUGGCUUUGCCCAGACCACGAUGGCCACGGCAAUUGGAAAGCCGGCUGGGGAUGUGAUGCCCCGCCUUACAAGGGACCCCACUUUGGCUGCACAUUCCGCACGGGCUCGACGGGAUGGUAUUCGUGCUCGUUCGAUGCCAACUCUGGAAAAUGCGCUGAGGGCCAAGACUCGAGGUGCCCGUCGUCUGCUACGUACUCGGGCAGGAGGAAGAGGGACCCGGAAGCUGCACCAGCUCCCGUUCCUGUCUUUCGUGGAUCGAGCGAGGCCGCCCGUCUUGUAUAAGGGAUAGUAAAUAACCUGGACUUUUUGCAUUUGGACUCCUUGUAGCAUUCACAUUUUUUUAUUACAACCGAAAACCCAUUCAUUACCCGUCACUUUCCUUUUGCAUAUUUACAUUUUUAUAUUGGCGGGGAG